CAUGCAUGUUGUUUUCCCUCUUUCGUUUUGGAGUAACUUAUUGUAAUAGGUAUUAUGGUGAUUUUUUUAAUAUAUCAAUAAUAGAUGAAGUCAGUUAGCCUGCCUCUAUUUUAUAUAAUUCUGUAAAUAUGAGUCGACAAUUGUCCCUUGAUAUUUUUUUCAAAGCAAGGAACAAAAUCAGCAAUAUUUCUGAAAGUAAAGAAAAAGUUGUGGUAAAUAAUACUACUUCUAAAAGUAAGAUCAACAAAAAAAUCAGUCUGAGUUUAACCAAAUCGCCAAGAGCCACGAAGUCAACGAAGAUAAUUAUGGAACCUGAAAAGCAGGUUAUAAACAUAUGCAGUGAUGAUGAAGAUAUUUUUCUAUCAUCAUGUAGUAGAAGUGUGGCUGAUAUUGAUUUGCCUGAACCGAUUACUACCAAUAGGAAUGAUAAUUCUGAUUCAUCUGAAGGUACUUUACUUUAUUCAUUAACUCCAGAAAAGCCAGUAUCUUCACAUACUCCUUCAAAAACACCACAAUCUUUCAUUAGUCCCAAAUCAAGUACAAGUUCAAGAAGCAAAUUUUAUUCUCCAACCAAGAAGAGAAUUGUGGCAGAGAAGACUCCAGUGAAAAGAAAAUUAGAACCUGAGUUUCAGGGAUUUGAUUGUACUGACGCAUUUAAUCAUGAUUAUACAAAAGAUGACAAAACAAAAUCGUUUAUAAACAUAAUUAAAAAAUGUUUAGAAAAGGAGUCUUUAAAAAGGCUACUAGCAGAAGAAAGCCAAAUGGUUCUACACAGUUGCCUCUCUGUGCUAAAUCCAGGCGCGCGAGUGGUGUGCCGUCUGUACUGGCGCAAGCUCGGUUGGUACAGAGUCGACCAAGUGAGGGCUAUCGUCGGCGAAGGUAGCCAAGUGGAUGACUCUACCUUUAAUUUAAUGUUGCAGUCUUUGAUUGCUAGCGGCUUGCUUCUACAAAGUUCUGUGGGUCACAAUAACAGUGAAGGUAAUUUAACUUUUGAAGAUUUAGCUGGCAUACUGAAAGCUGAUGAACUCAAACAGAUAUGCAAGGAUUUGAAACUAAAGAUCCUAUCAAAACAACAUGCUAUUGAUGCCCUGAGGAACUACUGUAGGAAGUCUUCCAUCGGGAACUAUUUCACUGGCGGCUCACAAAGCAAUGAUGCUAGAGUUAUUAAAAUAAUGAGUAAAAAGGCAGGCCCCUGUUUCAAGCUAUCGGAUCUGACGCGGAACACUCUAGACAAGUUGUACAUGCUCAUGUACCUGGGAAUCAACUACAAUGUCAUUAGAGAGAAGAGGCUGGAACUGACCAUUUUGUAUGAUAAAAUUGGAAGGGAGACUUAUCCUGUUGAGGACAAUUGGCUGGACGAUGCCAGCGUCGUUUUCGAAAAUAGGGAACAGUUUGACAGAUACUACACUGCACAAUGUAUAUAUGAAGAUUUCCUGGAAAGAACGGAUUUAAAGGAGAAAUGUGAUAUUAUUUCUAGAGUGUACAGUAUGUACAAGAGUAUCAGUGAGGAAGAGAUGUUAUCUUACAAAUCCCUGCCUCCGUGGCUUCGUCGAUACACUCCUGCUAACAUCUACAUUAAAAUCCUAGAGGCCGGUGUGGUAGAACUGAAAAGAAAUAAGACUAAAGAGCAUAACACACAGGCUGUGGACAUACUGACGAUGCUGAUUAACCAGAUCGCCUUCAGACAACACAAAAAGGCUGAAUGGUAUUCGGAGAAAGCGUUGAUAUUGAACAAUAUGCAAGAGUUUAAUGAGGCAGCGAUGGUAUUGAUAGAAGGGUUGAACUCCAAUCUCCCAGAGCAUGCUAAGGAAUUACUUCAUUGUCGCGUCCGCAAAAUGAUUUCAAAGGCGGAUCAGCUGGAGGGUUACGCACAGCCGGACGAAACCACUCUUGAGAAGAAUCUACCGGCCUACCAUAUUUAUAAACAGCCUAUGGAGCGAACCACGAACCGCGGUAAAGUAAAGUUCGAGACCCGCCUCGAGUCUGAGCGCAUGAUACAAGACGCCGAGCAGUAUUGCAUAUCGCAUUAUAUCGAUAGUGGAGAGUUCACGCACGGCGGCCACUGGGAAGGCAGUAUAAUUACAACGAUCUUUUUCCUCCUAUUCUGGGACAUAAUUUACUCCAAGCCCCGCGGUACCGUGGGCAUCUUCCUCACUCGGUACCAGAUGUUCCCACUAGACUUAUUUACGGAAAGCUUCUACACAAACAGACAGACUCUCAUAGAAGAGAGAUUGGCGUGGAUCGAGGCGUGUACUACGGAUGAAAUGGUGGACACGAUGAGCGAGAAGUGGAACAGCAGGGAUGAAUGCGAGCUAUCCGGCGUGCAGCGCAGCAUCGGCUGGACGAACAUCAGCGGCGUGUCUCGCUGCCUGGGCGGCGCGCGCACGGCCGCCGUCUGCCGGAGACUGGCCGCAGACUACCGCCGCUCGCACUGCGGCUUCCCCGACCUGGCGCUGUGGCACGGGUGCUCGGGGAGGGUACUGCUCAUUGUCAUGUCACACCGCCAUCUGCCGGAGACUGGCCGCAGACUACCGCCGCUCGCACUGCGGCUUCCCCGACCUGGCGCUGUGGCACGGGUGCUCGGGGAGGAUAAAAUUCGUCGAAGUGAAGACGGACACGGACAAGCCAUCAAUGAAGCAGAUACAGUGGAUGAAUUACUUGUUGCAGAACGAUAUCGAAGUAGAAUUCUGCUACGUGGGAGCGAACACCACGCGGUGCAAGGCGAGAGCUGCGAGUAGCUACGCUUCUUUGCCCUCUGUCUACUAGUCUAUGAUUAAGGGAUUCUCUUACGGGGUAGACAGAUCCAAUAUUCAUUAGUCUUAUAGGCUACACUAAGCUGGGGAACAAUGGUGGAAUAGAGAUAGUUACAUACAGUGACUAAUAGCUUAAAAGUAGAAUCCCACAACCAUUUUUUUCUUGUUUGACUCCAGCAAUCUGCGGGAAAAAGGUGUGAAAUUAUGUUGUUUUUCUUUACCAAAUCAGCUUGGAAAGAUACAUAUUUUUAAUUUAAAUGGACCAACUUAGCAAAUAAGUACAAAAGAUGCAUUACUUGAAGCAGAAAGCCAUCGUGGUGUAGUUUCGCUAUUUCGGAGAGUGAUACAAAGCUCUACUCUAGCAGUAAUUUGGAACCCUCUAAAAGUCACCAAUGUGGCCGAGAUUACUAAUUGUCUAAAAUGACUUAGGAACUGAAGAAAUUGAGCUUUAAAAAAACUAGGGUUAGAGAUUGGUUUUAUGUAUGGAAAGUUAUCAAUCGAUGACUAAGGUUAUGUGCAAUAUAAGAGAAAUUGAUUGGACUGUGGCUUAAAUAAAAAUUUAAUUGUAAUUCAAAUUUAAGAUAGUAAUUGUGGUUAAAAAAGUGUGAUGAAAAAAAAUGUAAAUAUUGUUGAAUUUGAAAAUUACUUUAAAAGAGUAUGAUUUUCAAAGAUGUAGCUUCGGUAAAGAAGUGGCCAAAAAAUUUCAGUUUAAGGGUAUAUAUACGCACGAAGAGGCCUAUUGUAUUUUAUAAAGCUAAUGAUUUGUAAUAGUACAUUAUAUUGA